GUCACCUGCAGGCCACAAAAUCUUUGUGAUGUCAGAGGACAAGGUUUUGACCCAGGGACUUGCAUGGCCUCCAAAGUUUAAACCCACUUUGUGCUUCGUUGGUCUUGGCAGAGCUUCCCUAGAGAUGUAUGUGGCCUUGCAUCAGUUGUUCCCAGAUCUUCGAAUAGUGCUUUUGGAUGUCCAGGACUUGGCAUAUUUGGUGAUCGCAGCCAAAGAGUUGGACGUUGAUGUGGAGUCGCUGGCCACAGCCUCCCUGGAUGACUUUGUGGAGGCUGGCGCUUAG